CGAGACACACGUCUCCGCCUUGUUGUCGUCGUCGGCCUCGAAGGAAUUGUGCUAGUCGUUUGGCUACAUUAAUGGUGCUCCGGAGUGACGUCACGCCGAAUACACUCCCACACUGACGUGAUCCAGAUUGUUCCCGGUUACGACGCGCGUAAACAUCUCACCGCCGGGGUUGGCUUCCAUAGAAACACGGCACACGGUCAGAAACCCGGCCGCUGGUACAGUCAUGCGUGCGUAGCUUCGACGGGGUUUGUCCAAUAGCGGCUCUGUGGCUCUUAAGCAAAGCCACACAUCGUUGAUUAUAUUUCGCGAAAAAUAGUGUAUAUUCUUCAAAGCACUCUCUUACUUCAAAUGAACUUGAAGAAUCGCUCAAUUUUUUCUAAAACAAUUUUUCACAUAUUGACUUUGUUUUAAACUGGGCCGCGCGGAACACCAAAGACAUGUAUUUAUGUAUCAUUCAAGAUGUAAUACUUUGAAUAAUGAUAAAAAAAAACAACUGCUCGUGUGCAAACAGUUUGUGACAUUUAAUCGGCUGUGGAGAGCCAACUGACCAAUCAGAUUCCCGCCUGGGGUCAAUGUCCCUCUGGCCCCGCCCCUACGCUCAUGUGCACAUGUUGGUGGCCAAGUCUUGCCGCCGCAAAACAUGUCCCUGCUGUGGAUGAAUGACUUUGAACCCGAGGUGACCUGGGCACCGCCGCAGCAUUCAGUGGCAAAUUGCACCUAUCAAGUGUUUAAAAAAACCACAAAGCGCGAUAAUGACUAUGAUUUGCCUUCGCCUCCCUGGAAAUCUGUCGUCGUGAUGGAAGGAGGAUUUCUGCAAGUGUCCGUUAAAACUGUCUGUGGUGGCAAAAGAAGUGAGCCGACUGUCCUCAACGUUACUUACCCAGAAAUGGUAAAGAAUGUGCAGUGCUACAUCCUCUCCUCUAAACACGCUCACUGCUCGUGGGAGUCAGCCAAUCCAACGGCAGUUGUCCAUUUUUUCUAUCGAUUGGUGGAAGAGAAUCUGAGUACGUCUGUCCACGACGAUUCUCCUUCGCCCCGCUUACGAGAGUGCCCAAUGUCCAACUACAAGGAGCGCGCCGGGACCGGCUGUGUUCUGCAGGUGACCUUGAAACAGGGCAUCCUCAUCGUGUUUAACGGAACGGUGAACAAGGUGCCUUUCAGGAACACCUUCAGGAGGAUGCCGCUAGACCACGUGAAGCCACCUCCCCUAAACUGGACAGUGAUUAAGACUGGGAAAAGAUUCCUCAUCAGCUGGAUUCCACCUGACAUCAAGCCUCUGUUUGGGAAGUACAUCAUCAAUUACACUGAGUGUGAUAAAAUAAAGAUUAAAACCAUAGCCAAUGUAGAAGAAACAUCAGCUGAGCUAGCACUGCUCCCUCACUGUCAGUACCGCAUUGCGAUGAAAGCUCAGUAUGAAACGUUUAGUACACCGUGGGGUGACGAGGAGCAUUUCGAUGCAGAUAAAGAUUCAAAUUCUUGGGUGUACGUCAUCAUCCCCUUGAUGGUUGCCGCCCUGGCAACCCUGACAUUUGUGUGCUGCAGGAAGAACAAGAAUCAUAUCUUCCCCAAAUUGCCACAACCUCGGGACCUUCUCAGCGAUAUUUCUGAAAACAAUAACAAGAGUGCUGUUUGCAACCUGUACAUCCCCACAGAGGACGACGUGGGCUGUAAAAUCAUGCUGGUGACAGAGCCCAACAUCAACACACCAGACUGCUGACCUUGACUCUGCAGUGGUGACAACGGUAAAAUGACCAAUGAAAAUCUCUCACGUUGUGGUUGGGCUGACUCAAGCAAAAGAGGGGAGACUCAACUGUUCAACUGAUUUGUGAAAAAGGGCCACGUUUCUUGUCAGACCUUAGAAGUGACUUUGGGCUCCCUUUUUUUGUGACGAAGGGUGUCAACUCAAACCUCGUCUGAACAAAAAAGAAAAAAUGGAAGUUACUUCUUGACAUUCCCGUGCGAUGCAGUCCACAAACUGAUGCAGGUGAAAAAUCCAACUUCAAGAAGCACACUUCUUUCUGAAGACUCCGUGGAGUCGUGCUGUUGUUGCAUCAGAGCGCCAGAGGAAAGCCAUGGGAAGUUGUGGCAUCUACAUAACCAGUCAAUCUGCAGCAAUACAGUUACAGUUACAGCUUAGCAUCUAUAAGCAAUAAAUACUAAACAUUUGCUGGUCCCAUCUUAAUGUAAAAAAGUACUGCUUGUUAUAUAAUUUCAUCCAUGAAAUUAUUAAUCAUAAUGUUAUAGAAUUCUAGAUGAAUUAAACUUUGGUUAGACAUAGGAAAGCAUUUGGAGACAUCAUCAUGGAUUUUGUUUUGUUUGAUUCUCUGUUUAACUAAAAAAAUAUAAAUAUAAAUAGAUAUAAUAUAUAAAUAAAUAAGCCCCCCAAAAUACUGUAAUGAUUUUUUUUUAUCUUAAAAAACCCUAGUUGCUGUAUUUGUCCCCUGGACAUCAUGACCUGUCCCGAAUAUAUCCUAAUAAUGUUCCUGCUGAAAAGUUUUUUUAAUUUAAUAUUUUGUGUUAUUGUUAUAUAUAUUAUAUUUUUCUAUUUGAUUCAGGGGCCACCGAUUUACAUUUUAGGGUUCUGUUGUUUUUUUCUUCCUCUGUUGAUCAGUUGUUGCGUUGUCCCGUUCAGUACAAACAAAGGAUAUGCAUGACCAAACUGCGAACAAAACAUAUCAAAUUAAUUUUGUUUAUGUCUCAAAACCAACCUGCCUUCCUUUCUCAUAUCUGGUCAUUGAUGAUCUCCCCCUUUUCAGCUUGAGACUGCCUCUGUUCACACGGCAUCACCAGCACCAAAGGUUAAAAUGCUGGUAUUAUUAGGAGUAUUGGAUUAGUUAUGUCUUCCAGGACAAUGUUUGCAUGAUCGUCGAACCAAACCUCCCCCGAAUGUUGUUUGCUCGGUUGAAAACACUGAAAUACAAUUAUGAUGAACUCUUUUAUGCUAUGAAUGUGAAAUGCAUGAAACACUGAUGUAUCGACACUGGUGCUCAAAAUGGUUUCCAGUUUGAAGUUGUUGUUUUUUAUUAGGGUUCCUGGGUGCCACUUGUAGGUAAUUUAAUGCAACAUUCUUUAAAAAAAAAAAUCAGAACUUGCAAUUUCUACACUGAAUGUGAAUGUAUGUUUCACUUUUUAAUGUCACAUCGCCAGACUGUGUUUUGCUUUUUUUUAGUCAUCCACUAAAGAGGGGGUCGAUGGUUCGAUCCCCAGCAUCUCAAGUCCACAGGCUGAAGUGCCCUUAACCUAAAAAUCCCCCUUGACUCCUGUUCCAGCAGUGUAUAAUUUAUGUGAUGGAAAUUAUAAUUUUUCACUGAAAAAAUUAAAAAACGGAUCUGUGAAAUAUGCAAUGAUAUGUUUUCUCAAAAAUUCUGUUAAGCUGUUGAGUUGAGACCAGUUGAAGGUGAUGUGUUUUGUAAAUGCGGCCUAUCACACGGUAUAAAGAGUUAAUAAAUCAGAGUUACAUUUUGUUGUUCCAUGA